ACACAGGACGUUUACCAGUUUAAUGUCGGCCGUUUUUUUAUUUUGUUUUUAGGCAAUUGAUCCAAGACUUUCAGCUGUAAUAAUUUGAGUUCAAAUUUUCGUAAAAACUACUGAUUUUAUAAGAAAGUACCGUAAAUAAGUUGUUGACUGCGAUUUAUAACGUCAAAAUGCAAAUAUUAAUAUUAUUUUGGCAGUGUUGACCGGAAGUUAAGCAGCGGCUGUUCACUAAAGUUGACGUGGACAAAAGGGAGAGGCGCAGGGUGAGGUCUGUUGUAGUCGAAAAAAUAAUGGAGGAAAUGAGGGAAGUUAAAUGAGUGAAGCUUGUGAUUUCAUACCGGUUAAAAGCUUUAUCCUACCGCUUUCACAGCCUCCCGCUGAGCUGCGGGCCUUCUAGUCUUCCUGAUGUGUUAGCUUCAUGCCGCUACACCUGUGUCCGGCCAGCCGGCUUCUUUGUCUUACUUCAUUAUCAUGCUCUGUUUGUCUGCCUGAACUGCACUAUUUGGACUUGCUGCUUCCAUAGGGACAAAGCUAUCCCAAUAGAGCCGAGCAUAUCAGCACGGAGUGGGACCUCUUUCCUUCUAGAGAUGCGUUAUAUCCACGCUGGAUGCGUCUCGUUCACUAUCCUUCCUUCAUACAAAUAGACGAGCUAGUCUAACAAAUGGCAACCCUGAGAGCUAAAGCUGCAUCCAGCGGGGACAGCUCCCUGAGGGAUGGGAAGAGCAGCGCGGGCUGUCCCGCAGAAGCAGCAGCGAACAGUCGGAUAUACAGCCUGGAGGAGCUGGAGACCAUGGCCACUGUGGGAACAGGGACUUUUGGUCGAGUCUUCCUUGUCAAAGACAAGAAAAGCAAGGCCUUCUUUGCACUAAAACAGAUGAAGAUUUCUGACGUGAUCCGGCUGAAGCAGGAGCAGCAUGUCCACAACGAGAAGGAGGUGCUGACAGAAAUCAGCCACCCGUUUCUCAUCAGGCUCUUCUGGACUCACCAUGAUGAUCGCUUCCUCUACAUGCUGAUGGACUACGUCCCAGGUGGAGAGCUCUUCAGCUACCUACGCAGUCGCGGGCGAUUCAGCAAUGCCACAGGCCUCUUCUACACCUCUGAGAUCGUAUGUGCUAUUGAGUACCUUCACUCCAAAGAAAUAGUCUACAGAGACCUGAAGCCUGAGAACAUCCUGCUGGACAGUGAGGGACAUAUCCGCCUUACUGACUUUGGCUUUGCUAAGAAGCUGUCUGAUAGGACCUGGACUUUGUGUGGAACCCCUGAGUAUUUGGCUCCUGAAGUGAUCCAAAGCAAAGGCCACGGCCGGGCUGUGGACUGGUGGGCUCUGGGCAUCCUCGUCUUUGAGAUGCUGGCUGGGUAUCCGCCUUUCUUUGAUGACAAUCCAUUUGGAAUCUACCAGAAGAUUCUGUCUGGAAAACUGGAAUUCCCACGCCAUCUGGAUUUCUACGUCAAAGACCUCAUCAAGAAAUUUCUGGUCAUUGACCGAGCCAGACGGCUAGGCAACAUGAAGAAUGGAGCAGAUGAUGUGAAAAAGCACCGAUGGUUCAAGACUGUGGACUGGGAAGCUGUUCCUCUGAGGAAACUGAAGCCUCCAAUAGUUCCUAAAGUGUCUCACGAGGGUGAUACAUCCAACUUUGAUAUGUAUCCAGAUGACGACUGGAAGAAAGAUCCUCCUGUGUCUCCGAAGGACCUGGAGAUCUUCAAGAACUUCUAAGGGCAACUGAUGGAUGGACACAUGAGUUGUAAAGUUGCUGCUCCUGCUACUAUCAUGGACAUUUUAUCACUUUAUCAAAAGCAGGGGAGUCCCAUCUCUUCUCUUAAUAUUGAACCCUAAAAUAAGAACUACAGAUGACAAAUGCCGGGACGUAUGAAACCACUCAAAUUUAUAGUUUUUUCCAUUUUUAUUUAUCUGAAUUCAGUCACAUUGUUACUGUUUGAACUUUUUUUAAUAUAUUUUUGAGGGGUUUUUUUGUUUGUUUUUUCUCUGAGCCUGUUCAUAUGCAAAAAAAUUUUUCUUUUACAACCAAAAGACUGUUACUUUCUAGAAUAUUCAGGUCUUUUUUAUAUUGUCAUGUUUUCUAGUUUGUCUCUUUUUAAAAUGUCCAUGAAGUCCUGUUGAAGAUGACUCCAGACUGGUGCUGGCUGACUUCUCGUACUGUAUGUGCUCAGACACUUUACUGGAAAACACGUGACAGGUAGCUCUCAGGAAGGUGCCUUACAUCAAUGUGAUGCAGACGAUGUCACAGUCACGUAGAGUUCCAUUGACGUCCACCCUCAUGGUCGGCCUAAUCCAAGUACAUGUGAGGAUGUGUUGAGAGCAGAUUGCUGAACAUCCUGGCUCUUCUCUGUUAUUUGCCCUCUUACCUCUGCAGCAGCUUUCAUUACAGCCAAAGGACUUGGAUACAGUGAAAACCUCACCUCUACACCUCCUGUACAAAAACACACUACUGUUUUUUAUCUCUGUGGAACUUUAGAUUGGACUAAUUGUUUCCUGUUUUAUGUCACCUAGUAUUACCUAAAUUAUUCCUAUUUGCUAAAUGACACAAUAAUGAGAAAUUUUUAGUAGCUUUCCUGAAAUUCAAAGGUCUACACACACUAAGAAUAAUAUUACUUUAGUCAAACAGGAAAAACAGGGCUCUUAAAAUGCAGACAUCAAGGUCUGGCAACCUGUAACACAUUAAGGUGUGUUCCUGGUCCAACACACCUUAAUGAAAUCACUGAGUUUCCUCCCCAGUGUGCAGUCAAGUUUUCCACAGUCCUGCUAACAAUCUCAUUAAAUGACUCGGAUGUGUUGAAGCAGAGCUGCGUCUGAAAGUUGCAGGACACCGGAUCUCGAGACCUGGAUUUGAGAACCUCUGACCUAGAAGAUGAUGUAAGCCUCUAAUUUAGGUUAAACAAACGCACAACAGUGAAUUUAUUUUGAGAAAGUUUUGCAUCUGGAUUUAGAUGAAGGUUCCAAGUUCAUCUGUUCAGUACUCUGCAGGUAUGAACUGCAUUGGGAACCCUGGAACCAAAGCUAAAGACCUUGAUUAGAUGAUCCUGAGGCUGGUGAUCCUGAGGCUGGUGAUCCAGAGCGAUGUCUGUACCGACUUGGGCUGAAAGGCCCCACAGAGAGGAAGAAGUCAUCAGUCUAAAGGCAACAUUAAAUGUCAGUUUGCAAAUGUACUUGGUAACAAAGAUGCUAAUUUAUGUGGUCUGAUGGAACUUAAAUUGCAGUGUUUGGACAUAAUGACUAUGGUUAUUUGCAGUUGGGGGUGUUUUGCUGCAGGAGGAACUGGUGCACUUCAUAAAAUAGAUGACAUAACAAGAAAAGAACGUUAUAUGAAAAUAUUUAAGCAACUUCUCUAGAGAUCGAAGAAGUUGCAGCUUUGACACAAAUGGCUCUCCCAGACGGACAGUAACCCUCAGCAUACCAUCACAUUGGCUGCAAUGUGACUUGAAGACAAUAAAAUCCUAAUCUCAAUCCCAGAAAACAUCAGAUGUCGGAGAUAAAAAUGUUUGUUUGAGCAAGAAGGCCUUCAAACCUGAUCCAGUUCUGUCAGAAGGAAUGGGUCCAGUUUCCUUUCUUGUGAAAGAAAAUUCAAACGUUUAAAAAGACAAGUCUACCAAAUGCAAAGUAUUUUCUAGACUUCUAUGGAAACCUCAGAAUUUGAAUAAAAUUGUAGAAAUUAAUUUAAACACAUGUCUCAUUAUUCUGGCAUUUACAAUAACUAUUUUAAUGAAGCUUAACUGGUGAGAAAUAGAAAAAAUUUGUUCUGAUUUCAUGUUGGUCACAGAGAACAGGUUCUGUGUUUUCCUGCAGUAGAUGGACGCAUCUGGUUCCCACUGUAUUCCCACUCCUUGAACAUUUCCACAUUUUACCACCAACUUUCAUUUAUUUUAUUAGGGUUUUAUGCAAAAGACAAACACAGUGUCAUUCAUCAUUGUGAAGUGGAAAGAUUUUAUAAAUAAAAAAUCUGCAAAAUG